AUGAAGGAGACCGAGAACUUGAUCUACUUUCUGUUUGGGGCCGCAUUCAUGGGUUUCGCUUAUAUUGGUCUGACCGUAUUGGGUUGCUGCUACAACAAACUUCGCAGAAGAAGGUAUGAAAUUAGCAGUUGGGAUGGGCAAGGUAGAUCAGGAUCCCUGUUUCAAUUCCCAGUUCCCGCUUGAUCGAUCGACAGUUCUCAAUUUUCCUAGGCGCUUCAAAAACCCAUCUAACUUCACCCUUUUCUCAUUUUCAGAAAUGCUGCUCGCCCAAGAGGCCAAAUUCCUUUGACUAUCAGAAAUCCAACAUUCAACCGAGCACACUUGGGAAACCCAGAAUAUCCAAAGAAUUUCUCCAAAUUCUGA